UCACUAGAAAGCGUUAGUGCCAGCAUGUGAGCUGGAAAGCAACCAGUCAAUAAGGUACUGAUGGAUGGAGACUGUCGCUACAACAUGACAGGGAACCUCUUUUACAAGAAUAUUGUGACGCUACUCAACAGUAAGUGAAGAUCAAAAUGUCACUUAGUAACACGACGACUGUUAGUUCCCAUGACAACACGACACUGACCACAAGAACAAACUGCUGGACAACGACCGCAGGUACUACACUGUCUCCUGGAGAUGAUGUCGAGGCUUGGAUUGAUGACGCUACGUGGAUCCUCACCAGUUCCUUCAUCAUAUUUACCAUGCAAUCAGGAUUCGGACUUUUGGAAAGUGGUAUGGCCAGUCGGAAAAACGAGGUAAACAUCAUGGUCAAGAAUGUUGUCGACGUUGUGUUUGGCGGACUUACCUAUUGGACCAUAGGGUACGGACUGACCUUUGGAGACUCGUCCGGCUCUAAUGGUUUCAGCGGAGUUGGUUCUUUCUUCCUAGAUCCAGAUGAAAAGCACAUGGGAACUGUUUUCUCUAAGUUUAUAUUCCAAGCCUCUUUUUGUACUACGGCGACGACAAUUGUAUCAGGAGCUAUUGCUGAGAGAACCAAACUGACAGCUUAUAUAGUAUUCUGUCUCCUGAACACGCUUGUGUAUAGUUUCCCUGCUCACUGGAUCUGGGCGCCCACGGGCUGGCUCCGGAAGCUUCACGUUGUCGAUGUGGCUGGCGUGGGGCCGGUCCAUUUAGUUGGCGGAACUACAGCUUUGAUUGCCGCCAUCAUGGUGAAGCCUCGUUAUCAACGAUUUUCAAAAGAGGGCGGAACUGUGCAUCAUGGUAACUCAGUAAACGCCCUCCUUGGUUUAUUUAUACUAUGGUGGGGUUGGCUAGGCUUCAACUGUGGGAGUACGUUUGGAAUCAGUGGCGGGAAAUGGAAACUAGCCGCCAGGUCUGCGGCAACAACAAUCCUAGCAGCUUGUGGUGGAGGAACUAUGGCGUUCAUACUAAGUUUCUUCAUACACAAAGGCAAAUACGACAUCGCUUUGUUAGUGAAUGGAAUCCUUGGGUCUCUAGUGAGCAUAACAGGUAUAUGUGCCGUAACAAGAACAUGGGUUGCUGUUAUCAUUGGAGCCAUUGGCGCAUGCGUGACUGCCGGAGCGGAGGCAUUGCUUGUGAGAUUGAAAAUAGACGACCCCGUUGGAGCAACAGCCGUCCACCUUGCGGGAUCUCUCUGGGGGAUGAUCAGUUGUGGUCUGUUUGCCACCAAAGACAACGUGGAAAUGUCAUUUAGUUUCCACGAUGGUCUCGUUUGGGGCGGAGGCUGGUACCUUCUCGGCGUGCAGCUGCUAGCUAUUGUCGUCAUAAUCGCAUGGACGGUUGUGACGUCAUCAAUUAUUCUAAAGGGCAUUGACCUAACUAUUGGACUACGCAUGACUCUGGAGGAGGAGUUGUACGGCGCCGAUUACUUUGAGCACAACGUUGAACCAACAGACGACAUCCGGGAACACGCAGAACGUUUAUUACGUCAUAUGUCUCAUGAGGAGCGGACAAACCCUGCUUACGUCACAUCCAGACCAAUAUGGUGGUGGUGGAAGAGAAGAAGAGAACGUGCUGCUACUCCAAAAAGUGAAGAGACGGAUAGCGCAUCGGGAUACACUUCAGACGAUUCUGGUAUCAAAUCUCUUCAGAAAAGUCAGACUUCUGAACCCACGACAGAGGUCACCGACACCGGGGAAGACCUUACUGAGGUGGACAAUACAAACAGAGGGGAGACUAACGGUCACGUGCGCGUUACUGGAAACGGUAAUCCAGAUAAAUGCUUGAAACAUACAUCGAAUGGACAUAGUUAUGUCAACAAAGCGUUCCAGAACAAUGAGGACGAGUCUUAUGUUACGAAUAUGUAGGACACUGUGCACACUUAAUGUCAGAACACUGUUAACAGGAUAAAGCACAAAAUGUCCGGAAUGACGCUUCACGCUAAAGGAGGGUGCCAACCUGGGUCAUCCUGCGGCCCCUCAGCGAUCAUUCUGAUCUGUUACUUCACUCAUAACAAUAAGCUUUAUAUACGAUGGAAACUGAGAAUGUAAAAAUUAUACUGUUUGUGUUUUCUGCUAAAUUUUAACUUUAAAUGUAACAACAUUAAGUUGAAAAAAUUGAUAUAUUGAAAGUGGGUCAUAGUGAACUACAUAUUGGUCUAUUUUGAUAAUCAAUUACUUUUACUUUAAAGAUGUUACAUCGCUUACAAAGUGUUAUUAUUGUUGAUUUAAAACAAGAUAAAUGGU